AAUCAACAUGACAAAGAAUGCCAGCAGUGCUGGGUUUAUCAGCGCCAAGAAGAGGGCAGAAGAAGCAUUGGUUGCCAGGGAAGCCGGGGUGGAGGUGGAUGACAGUUUUAAAGAAGACAUUUUCCUAUUGCAGCAUCAUCACUUGUUAACCUGUUUAGAGAAAACAACGGAUCGGGAGUUUGUAGAAAUGGAGAUGACCUUCAACGGCCCACCAACCAAACCAUCAGAGACACCACCACCAUCGCCAGAUCCGUCGCUUAUAUCCACUACAAAGCGGGGAUGUUGUGGGAAAAAGUUUUCAUCUUCUCGAAAACUCAUGCACGAAAAGAAGAGAAAUUUACCUUCGCGCUUCAGCGUUGAGCAUCAGGAGACUAACGAUAUACGCAUGCGAGCAUCUUCAGCUUCCAAAAGAGAAUCGUGGUCAAGUGCAGUCAACGUCCUUGACGUUCAGGGAUUUUCCAACACAAGUUUUACCCGUGAAGGAAACGGUCUCAGCAACAACAAAGCUAACAGCAUCCAAAACAUUCAACAUAUCUCCCAGGCAAGUUUCACAGGAAAUUUGAGAAACAUCAGCAUGGCUUCAGGAAGCGAGCCAAAUAUGGGAUCCAAACUGGCAUCUAGCAGUCAUCAGAACAUAACCACAGCUUUAGUCUCCAGUCCAAACUCUGCAGGGAGCACACAUUCUGUUCCAAACGCUCUGCCUGCUCAUAGUUCGUCCUUGCCUUCAUCCUCAGACAAAGAGGAUAUCAUCAGAAUCUCAACAUUAUAA